CGAGCGGCACGUCGUGCAGUCCGAAUCCCGCUUCCCGCGACGACGUUCGAUUUCAUGCGCGCUCCUUCACGCUCGAAUUUCGAUCGUCGAUCAUGACACGCGGACGGACGAAGACGUGCAGGUGAAACGUGCCGCGCUUCCCGCCUGACAGUUCAACAGAGAAGACAAGGAAGAGAACGCGCGACAAAAGUGCCCCACCGUGAAAGUUAAAAGGAAAAGGCCUGGAAUUUGCCGAAGGAUUUAAUUUGGUGGUGAUAUAAGUUUUUGUGUGAAGAUUUUGUGGAAGGUUUGAAGCGCGUUUCGUGUUUAAUUCAAGGAGCAAGAUGUGGCACUUGACGUGUGUCGAUGACUUCUUAAACCGCGCCUUUUACAAAGUCGGCCUCAUUGUCGGUCGACAUCCCGGCUACUUCGUAAUCGUGCCGAUACUAUUGGCUUGCAUAUGCUUCACCGGCUAUCAAAGGAUACACUACGAGAUUGAUCCGGAAUACCUCUUCUCGCCCGUCAACGGCCCCAGCAAGACCGAGCGAGCGAUAGUCGAGCAAUACUUCAAAGUCAAUUACAGCCAUCAAUUCAAUGUCGGUCGUAUUACUCGACCAGGCCGAUUCGGUCAUGUAAUCGUGAUUCCCAAGGACGGCGGGAAUAACAUGCUGAAAACCUCGAUUUGGGAAGAGCUAAUGAAACUCGAUCAAUUAAUUAAAAAUGUCAAAGCAAAAUAUGAGAACAACGAAUUCACAUACGAGCAGAUUUGCGCACGGUGGCUUGAUGAGUGUUUCACCAACGAUAUUCUAAAUCUACAUCACGUGAUAGACGAAGUGGAAAGGCGGAAGUUGAAUCUGACAUUCCCGAUAACGAUCAAUCCGACCACCUGGGACGCCCAUUUGUUGCCGGUGUUCUUCGGUGGAAGUGUUCUCAAUGAGGAUCUUACUGUAAAAUCGGUGCCUUCGGUGCAGCUAGGCUACUUCAUCACAGUCGAUAGUCCACAGCAAGACCAGAUCGGCGCCGCCUGGGAGGAGGCUUUCUUAGAAGUCGUCGGCAAAGCUGAGGACGGAGGCGCGUUUAAGCACAUUAGCACCGCGAGAUUCGCCUCGAGGACUCUCGAACUGGAACUAGAGGCCAACACCAAGACGAUCGUGCCGUAUUUCACCAGCACGUUCAUCAUAAUGGGCCUGUUCUCGGUCGUGACAUGCAUGAUGGCCGAUUGGGUACGCAGCAAGCCUUGGCUCGGUCUUCUGGGCAAUAUCUCGGCCGCCAUGGCGACGGUCGCUGCAUUUGGAUUAUGCAUGUAUCUGGGGAUCGAUUUUAUCGGCAUCAAUCUUGCCGCACCGUUUCUCAUGAUAGGAAUAGGAAUCGAUGAUACCUUUGUUAUGCUAGCAGCCUGGAGAAGGACGAGCAUCAGUAAACCAGUGCCAGAAAGGAUGGCGGCGACAUUGAGCGAAGCUGCUGUUUCCAUCACUAUCACAUCUUUAACGGACAUGAUAUCCUUUUUUAUCGGCGUUUGGUCGCCUUUCCCUUCAGUUCAGAUUUUCUGCAUUUACUCAGGUUUCGCAGUUGUCUUCACUUUCCUGUUCCAUCUAACAUUCUUCAGCGGAUGCGUCGCAAUCAGCGGUUAUUGCGAACAAAAGAAUUUGCACAGUGUUUUAUGCUGCAAAGUGCAACCUUUAUCUAAAUCUGCUCAUCGAUCCUGGUUUUACAGAGUACUAUUAUCGGGCGGAAUUGAUCCCGACGACCCUCACAAUCCAAUCGACAAUCCCGAGCACGGAUGCAUGACUUGGUUCCGUGAUUAUUUAGCGGCUGCGCUAAACUGUCGCCCUGUGAAAGUCAUUAUCAUCCUCCUUUUCGUGUUCUAUCUCCUUGGUGCCCUUUACGGGCUCACAACUCUUAAGGAGGGCCUGGACCGACGCAAGCUUUCCAAAGAAGAUUCCUACUCGAUCGCUUUCUACGAUCGCGAGGACUUUUAUUUCCGAGAGUUCCCUUAUAGGAUACAAGUAGUAGUGGCCGGCGAGUAUGACUACAGUGAUCCAAUAAUUCAACAGCAGAUAGAGAACUUGACGAAAAGCCUCGAGGCAAGCAAGUACAUCAGCGCGCCGAUCUACACGGAAAGUUGGCUUCGCAGCUUUCUUAGCUAUAUAACACGCAACAAAGAUUACUUGAACGUCACUAUUAAUGAUAAGCAUAAUUUCACCACGGCUCUCAAAGAACUCUGGCUGUUCCCGUCAAGUUCUUUCUCCCUAGAUGUCAAGUUCGACGAGACGGGCGAGAACAUUGUGGCAAGCCGGUUUCUGAUACAGGCGGUGAAUGUGAGCGGCACUAAUCAAGAAAAGGACAUGGUAAAAGAGCUGCGUCACAUCUGUGACAUAUCACCGUUGAACGUCAGCGUGUUUCAUCCGUACUUUGUAUACUUCGACCAAUACGAGCUGGUCCGACCGACCACUAUCCAGUGCAUGACAUUCGGUGCGGUCGUCAUGAUGCUCAUUAGCUUCAUCUUCAUUCCCAAUAUUUUCUGCUGCUUAUGGGUCGCCUUCUGCAUCGUGUCGAUUGAGAUUGGGGUGAGCGGUUACAUGGCGCUGUGGGAUGUUCAUCUCGACAGCAUCUCUAUGAUCAAUCUAAUCAUGUGCCUCGGCUUCAGCGUCGACUUCACCGCACACAUCUGUUACGCUUACAUGAGCUCAAAGCAAUCACGGCCAGAGGAUCGGGUCAAGGACAGCCUGUAUAGUCUAGGUCUGCCAAUCGUUCAGGGUGCCGCGUCGACGAUACUCGGUUUGAUGGCGCUCCUGCUGGCUGGCACCUAUCUCUUCCUCGUGUUCUUCAAGAUGGUCUUUCUAGUGAUCUUUUUUGGCGCCAUGCACGGUAUGUUCCUACUGCCUGUGUUGCUGUCCCUCUUUGGACCCGGCGCCUGUAGUAAGGGACAAGACGAGCCCGGGGAAGCGGAGAAUGCGAAGAACAGCACGCAGGAAAAGGAACUGGCAAACAAGCUUCAGCAACCCUAUGUGAUUCCACAUCCUCAUCUAGUCUAUUACACCGCGGGCGUUGUCAAGCCGCUCCAGGAUAGUCCCGCGACCAGCAUGGCGGCGUUCGAGGAGAGGGAUCCUGGCUUGGGCACCAGCGAGGACAGCAACUCGACCGAGAGUGGCUCCUCGCAGAGCAGGAGACGCCAGUGCAAGGACCAGCAACCGGAUCUGCAGAAUCAGGCCCGUCACGAUAUGUGGAGAAGAUCCAUCGGCGUCCUGUACGGCCUGUCGCAGUUUCAAUCCACGACCGGCGAACCCGUAUAUCCAGCGCCGGACUAUCCUGGUGCCUUAGCGCGAGAAUCCUGCGAGGAAAACGGUGCACGAAUGGUGCCUUAUCUAGGAUCAUACAUCGCGUAUCGCCAUUCGAAUCAGUUGUCGCGGGACUACAGACGCAGCAGAUCCUAUCAUAAUCUGCAGUAUCCUGCGUCAACGCGAUAUAUAACGGAUCCCCGAUAUCCGUAGUAGAGAUAUGAGAGGGUAGCGUGAAAGAAAGAUAUUGUCGACGUGAUAAGCGAGACGAAAGAAUCAUUUGAUUGAAUUUUAGGCUCAUUCGAGCAGAACGAUAGCGAUAACAGAUUAAGGCAAACUGAUUUUGCUGAAAGAAUGAACUGAUAUAUCGUAAAACUAUGACAAUGCAAGAGAAGAAAGAGCGAAGGAAGGAUAUCUUUUGGGCAAGAUUAGAAUGUCCGAUGUUACGAUUUAUAUUAUUUUUAAAGGGCUGAAUUUUGAUAGUCAGAAUUUAACUCUCAAACAGCGGCGCAAUCGCAUAGAGGGUGACGCCCGAAUAUUUGUAUAUUCGGAUCUAUCACAAAAUAUUUUUUAUCUCGAAUAAAAUUUUUAUUGUUACAUUUUGAUUUCAUUGUAUACAUAAAUUUUUUAUUUUAUUGUAUAUCAAAAAAUCAUUCUUCCUAAACUAUCCAUGGAAAAAACAUAAGACAUAGAAAAAUAAAUAAAUAAAUAAUAAGCGUAAAUGUGUUUUUAAUAGAAUGUUAAAAAAUUUAAAAAAAAAGGAAAAAAAGGAAAAAAAUUAGAAUAAAAUGAGAAGGUAUUUCUUAAAUAUUUUUCCUCUUUUCUUUGAUACAAUUGAUACAAAUAAUUUAAUAAAAAAGAUAAACUAAUUUUAUAUAUUAGUUUUAUACUAUAUAUGUAUACAGAGUGUCCCAGAACUGGCGGAAAAGUUUUUAAUGACAGAUUCUUCAUGAAAUUCUAAGCCAAAAAGUUUUUUACAAAAAAGUGAUCCGAUAAAUAGAAUUUGAAUGGUAAGGCAUUGAAGUUGACAUAUGGGAGCGCAUGAAAUUCGUGCGGUCAGGAUCGGCAUGAUCAAGUUUGACAUGCAUCACCGCGGUCAGGAUUCAUGAUCGCGGCGAUGCAUAAUUCUUAUUAUUAUACAUUAUUCUGCUAUUAAUAAUAUAAACUAAAUAGUAAUUAAUUUUAUUACAAUUGAUCUUUAUUAAUUAAUAAUUAUUUAUAUAUUUUGUUUACAUAUUAGUUGCAAAGUCCUUAAAUAUAGGACACGCGGGAUAUUGAUUAGAUUAACUUAACAAAUGAUAAAUGUAAAAUAAAUAACUAUUAAAUAACAAAUUGAUCAUAAUUUUAUCAAUCAAUUAAUUAAUAAAUUACUCAAAUAACUUAAAUUAGUUUCCCAUAUUUUUCCGUGUUUAAGAAUUAAGCAACUAGUAUGUAAUACAGAAUAAAUCAAUAAUGAAUAAAUAUUAAAUAAUUAAAUGUAGAGUAAUAAGAAAAAAAUAAUAAAUAAUUAAAAGUAAAAAUAAUAACAAAUAAUAAAUCAAUAAUAAAUAAAUAAUAAAUAAUAAAUAAUUAAAUGUAGAGUAAUAAGAAACAUGCAUCGCCACGAUACACAAGUCAUGAGUCAAACUUGGUCGUGCCGAUCCUGACCGCGCGAAUUUCAUGCGCUCCCAUAUGUCAACUUCAAUGUCUUACCAUUCAAAUUUUAUUCAUCGGAUCACUUUUCUGUAAAGAGCUUUUUGGCUUAGAAUUUCAUGAAGAAUCUAUCAUUAAAAACUUUUUCGCCAGUUCUGGGACACCCUGUAUAUAAAACUAGCUUUUGUACACAUAUUUAAGUUCGAAAAAAUCUGGACACCGUUGAACAAGAUUAAUGUGAUCUUGAAGAAAUGUUUUAUAUAAUAAUGCUUAUAUUACAAAUAUAAGCAACAUUAAAAUGACGGUCAAUAUAUUUGUAUCUUACGUAUGAUAUCAAUAUUUAGGAAUAUAACUUGCAAAACGAAUUAUUGUAUACAGGGUG